AUGGCGAUAUCACCACCACGCAUCAAAGCAAUAGAGAACGAAAAUACCGGAAGUCCGAAAGGAGAUCCCGUCGAAGCACAACAGCUCAGGAUGUGCUACCGAAAAUAUUACAAGUACAAGUGCUGUGCACUCGAGAAGGACGUCGACUGGGUAGCCUGUGAGGACCGACCACCAGGCAUGAACUGCCCUAAAGCACAAGAACAUAACUGGCAGGGUCCGUAUGCGCAGUACCUGGGCGAGAUAGAAGGACCUUGCUGGAACUGCAUGUGGGCAUCAUACAACGACGGAGGAAAAGCAAAAAGAGAGUUUAUUGAGAAUUUUGGAAAACGCAAGCCAGGUGAACAACCGUGGGAGAGCGACGAGGAGAGAAAAGACCAGCGUAUGGCCGGGGAAGACUGGUAUUGGAUCAUGCGGAGGAGACAGAAGAAGCAACGCGAAAAGGAGAGGCGGAAGCUGGAGGCGGAGGCCGGAAGGGUGACCCAUAGCACCGUCCAGUGGCCCGAGGGGGUCGAGGGAGAGGGAACUUCCGGAAGCAGCACUCCUGGGACGUCCGGAAGCAGGCCCGAUAGCCUGCCAGAGAGUCAGCAUGCCAGCCGGCCGUCGAGCAGAUAUGCGUUUUCCGUAGCCGGGGCGCAGACACCGUCGAGACAGCUGCCGAACUAA